AUGAUUUGCAAAGACGAACCAAUGAGUCUGUACGGAUUGGGAUCUAAUUGCGACGGCAGCCUAGGUCUGGGUCAUAACACCCCUGUCGACACACCUGAGCUGAUCCCGGAUCUAUGUGGUAAUAAGCUAGCACAAUUUAUCACCGGAUAUUCAUUCGCACUGGCCAUAGAUGACGGCAACAGGGUCUAUAGUUGGGGCCAUAAUAGUGAGGGUCAGUUAGCCCGGGAUGUGACCCCAGAAGGCGUUUAUCUAAAGCCAAACAAAAUAGCAUUUUUUGAUAACAAAAAUGUUUCGCAAAUCAGUUGCGGUUUACUCCACACCUUAGCCCUCACCGCUGUGGGACAGGUGUACGCCUGGGGUCGCAAUAGCUUUGGACAGGUAGGCUGUGGUGUCACCGGGUACAAUAACUUUGAGGACUUUUAUGCCAGCGAAUAUCAGAUUACUUAUAACACGUUAAAAGUGAUUCACAAUGAGCCUGAUAUUAACGAAGUGGUAUCACGGAUUAGGUUGGAUUCGACGAGUAAUGAUUUCGGUGAUGAACCCAAACAACGAGUGCUGAAAGAGUUGACAAGUUUGGCGAAAAUGCGGUCAGACUUUGUUGUCCGGUAUUACAACUCAUGGCUCGAAGGCAAACACCUCUACAUUCAGAUGGAGUACUGUUCCCAAAGUCUGAAGCCUAUGCUUUCGGUCAAAGGCCAGGCGUUCGGUCGCCAAAAGGGAGAUCCUAUGAAUAUAUACGAGUAUUACCUGUCGUGCGAGAUAUUUCGGGAACUCCUGGAGUGUGUCCAGUAUUUGCAUGAUUUGGAUCCACCGGUCAUUCACCGGGACCUCAAACCCGACAAUAUAUUGAUUGCUAAGGACGUGAGAAACGGUAGAUUCGUUAAGCUAUGCGACUUUGGUUUGGCUACCGUUCACAACAUGGCAUCCAUGAGCCACUCGACAAAUGUGGGAACUUUUAAAUACAUGGCACCAGAGGUACACCAAUCGCGCUAUACUUGCAAGGCUGACGUUUAUAGCCUGGAUUUCGGUGAUGAACCCAAACAACGAGUGCUGAAAGAGUUGACAAGUUUGGCGAAAAUGCGGUCAGACUUUGUUGUCCGGUAUUACAACUCAUGGCUCGAAGGCAAACACCUCUACAUUCAGAUGGAGUACUGUUCCCAAAGUCUGAAGCCUAUGCUUUCGGUCAAAGGCCAGGUGUUCGGUCGCCAAAAGGGAGAUCCUAUGAAUAUAUACGAGUAUUACCUGUCGUGCGAGAUAUUUCGGGAACUCCUGGAGUGUGUCCAGUAUUUGCAUGAUUUGGAUCCACCGGUCAUUCACCGGGACCUCAAACCCGACAAUAUAUUGAUUGCUAAGGACGUGAGAAACGGUAGAUUCGUUAAGCUAUGCGACUUUGGUUUGGCUACCGUUCACGACAUGGCAUCCAUGAGCCACUCGACAAAUGUGGGAACUUUUAAAUACAUGGCACCAGAGGUACACCAAUCGCGCUAUACUUGCAAGGCUGACGUUUAUAGCCUGGGUGAAAUUGGCCAGGAGCUAUUUGACUUAUAUUUGUGGUAA